UUCAUGCAUUCUGCUCCUCGUUCUUUCGCCCAAUUCCAAUGGUCACAGAAACUCUGGUGGCUCUGUGACAUCAUUUCCAACCUCUAUAUCAUCCACAAGGAAGGUCAAGUUCAUGGCAACUUGCACACCGGUAACAUCCUCCAGACCGGCGACGAUUAUCGGGAAACCUAUUCUUCGAUAUCGGAUCUGGGACUGAGCAUACCGGCUGAUAGCACUUGUUCGAUAUCAACCAUCGCCAAAUCGAGGCAAGGCGAUAAUUUGUGUUAUGGUGUAUUGCCAUUUAUUGCUCCCGAAGUAUUACAAGGAAAUCCUGUGAGCAAAUACUCGGACAUUUACAGCAUUGGUGUGUUGAUGAUCGAAAUUGCCAAUGGGAAACCACCAUUCCAUGACAGAGCUCAUGACCAAGAAUUGGCCAAUGAGGUGUGCAAAGGGAGACGACCAACAAUCAUCGAAGGAUUCGCACCUGAAAAUUACGUGAACUUGGCAGCUCAUUGUUGUCACGAGAAUCCAUUAAAGCGACCCACGGUCAAACAUCUGUCGAUGAUACUACCACAUUGGCAUCAGUGCAUGAGCGGUAAAUUUAAUUCAAACGCGAAGUGCAAAGAGAUCCAACAAGGUUUCUUGAGGGCCGAUCAGAAAGUACUCGAGAAAGCGGAGUAUAGUCAAAGAAUGGAGCAAAUGGGAUCGUCCUCGAGCGAUGAGUGGGAUACCGAUGAUUUCGGGAGCGAUUACGGAAGUGAAAGUAGUGAGGGCAGUGAGAGGUUUAUGUCGACACGAAGCGAGUAUACGAAUGACAGCGAUAGUGGUGUAUGUGUGAGAGAAAGGUACGAGAGGGUCUGCGAAAGAAACGGUGGAUUCGAAAUACACCCUGGUGCGGUGUACACAAGUCGACUUUUGAAUUUCAAGAUAUCUACCUCGCAAACUCCUCAACAGCCUCCUCUCAAUGGUAACGAAGGCGAAUCACAUUAUAGUGAUUCCGAAUUUUCCUCAGAAUAUGACUUGUCUGAUGAUUUCUCAAAUUUGAGUCUUUGA